UCAGCGGCAGAUGACACAUGAAAUGCUCCUACUUUGCAGACUCUUCUACAAAUCCGCUCCUUGGCUGUAGACCUCAGCACCACGGUGACAUCAGACAGCUCUAGCAGGCAUUUUCUACGGAAUCAUGGAUGAAUUAUUUCUCUAUGCUCAAGACAAUAAUCUCUCUAUGGUUGGCAGCAAUGUGCCCCCAACUCAGUCACUGCUCAACAGCUCUAAGUCUGAGCUAAACAAAAUGAUAGAAGCCCCUAAGUACAACAGGCAGCUGCGACUCAUCGCUAUGACUGUCAUCUUCAUGGUGGCACUGGUGGGGAACUCCAUAGUUCUGUACAAGAUCUGCCGUGGCAAAGACAAAAAGAGGAAAAUUAACUUUUUAAUCAACCACUUGGCAUUAGCUGACCUGUACGUGUCUUUUAUGACUCUUUUCUCUCAGAUUGUGUGGGAGUUGCUGGAGGAUGAGUGGUUGGCUGGGGAUGUCUCCUGCCGGAUCUUCAAAGUGUUCCAGGUUUCUGGACUUAUGGCAUCCUCCAAUAUCAUCGCCAUAGUUGCCCUGGAGAGGCAUCAUGCCAUCAUGAACCCUUUAAGCACCCCUCUGCCGACCAAAUACUUUGUUGCUUUGGGUUGGUUCUUAGCUCUUCUUCUCUCUGUCCCACAGGCUUUUGUGUUUAGAGCUGUCUAUACAGAGGAGGGAAGCAGGUGCCGCAAUGUUUUUGGCCAGCUCCCCAGGUGGCACUUCCAAAUCUAUAUCAUAUACAGCUCGGUUACGGUUUUCUUCUUGCCCUUUUGUAUCUUGACUGUGGCACACCUUCGUAUAUUGUGGAUCAUCUGGAGAAAGGGCAGGACCUCUAAAACUCCAAAACACCACUUUGGUGACUGGAAACUUCAGGUAACCAAGAGACCUUUGAAAUUGAUGGCUACCAAUAGUUGUAUUCCAAGAGCUAAGAUCAAGACACUAAAAAUGACCCUGGUGAUCAUCAUCCUGUUCAUUGUGUGUGGGCUGCCCUACUUUAUUGUAGAGAUGAAAGUAGCAUUUGGCACAAUUACUGGCCUGGAUGAAAAGGUCAUGGCUGUGCUAGGGAUCUUUGUUGUGACCAACAGUGCAGUCAACCCUUAUGUAUAUCUGUUCUUUAAAACCAACAAUGUUUUCUUGCGGGAACUGGAGAAUAGGGUUUGUUUCUCCUGUUGCCUUCAAGAACACAGAGAGAUCACCUUUGGAAGGGAACUCUUCCCAGCCUGUGACCCUACACCCAGAAAAGGGGCAUCUAACACCACCACCUCGGAGGUGGAGGCGUCUUCUUUCAGGCACUGAUCAGUCUCUUUCCUGCAUUCUGUGACGCUCUUAGACAAAGGACUCAGUGCUGCCUGUGAGAGUUGCAUGUAAUGUUAGACAGGACAGGAGUUAAAGGAGUCCAUCAGCUCUGUUAUGCUUUUAAUUUGAAGGCAGCAUAAUGUAGUGACACUUUGAAUUUUUUGACUUGUCACUUAUAAGCUAAUGUGAAGACGUUUUUAGAAAUAAAGAUAUAUUCACAUGAAGUGGACAAAUUCUUUGUGGAUAUCUACUCGGUGUGGAAAAAAAUCAUCAGAAAAUCUGCAAAGAAAUUGACCAUUUGUGGUGUGGAUCCAGUAUCCUAAUGCAAGUUGCAAAAAUGUUGUGUAUUUAGUAAGAAUUUUCCCAAUUGGUAAAAGCUGCAAUGAAUAUGCAAGAACAUGUAUUGUUGUUGUGAAUGUUGAUGUGGAAUAUCUGCAGCAAAUGCCACAAUUGCAGAUUUUAAUGCCAUUUAUCUUAAUCUGUAGGAAAAUCUGCAACAAAUCACAAAACUGAUUCGCAGAUUCACCUCUGUAGAGCUCCCUUCGUAAACGCUGCAUAUUUUCAUCCCACAAAUUUGGCCAGACAAUCUGUGUUAUUUCCAACCUGUCUGACUAUUGUCUGAUAGGGAGGAAUCUUUCAAUUAGUUGAUCGCCAUAUAAUGCAUAUGAUUGGACUUCUUGCAAGCAACACUGCCUGCACCCUUUAAAACUAGUUCUCAUGAACUGCUUCCUAUUUACACAAGAUCAGCAUGUGUUACUACUUUAUACUGCCCUCAGAGACAGCACAAUAGGGCUAACAUGUUCCCUUUAAGAGCUAUAUAGAAAUAUGUAAGUCCCAUACAAACAGAAUGCUUUCAAUGCAGUGAUCCGUCAUUUGACAGGGUUUUACCCAUAGCUUUUUGUGGCCAGAGGGCAAAAGUAAAAAAAAAAAAUAACUUUUAUACCUAGCAUUGCAUCAAUUCUGAAUGGAAAUUGUUUAAAGGAGUACUCCAGCAUUUUAACACUUAUACCCUUUCCCAGGAUCCCAGCAAUCAAAACCAGUAGUUAUUUAGGCGUCCGGCAUCCUGAAGUAAUUACUGUACCACGCCUGGAGCUGUUAGGUGUGAUUAACAACCUGGACAUGCCCGCGUCACCUCUUUCUUUACUGAAAUCUUGCGCAGGCCCAGAGGCAGUGGUAUCCUUGGGCAUGACAUAGUGUCUGGGCUAGCACAAGACCUUGGGGAGCAGAGAAGUGACUUUGGGCCGUACCCGGCUGUCAAUCAUGCCUAAUCAUGCCUAAGUGGGUGUGAAUAGAGGUGUAAUUACGGCUCGGGGCAUGGUAAAUACUUUGGAAAGCUGCACUCCCAUAAAACUACUUGAGCCUAAUAAGCAAAUGGCGAAGGGCACUUUUAAAACUUGUUUUUUAUAAUAUCACACAUGGGCAGGAGAUCAUCCAGACAUGGUAAGACAUCUCAUUUUACCCUAUGGAACAUAUUGCCACCAAUUAUUUAGGAUUAAACCUUGUGACAGGUAUCUUUAAUUUUAAUAACGGGAAUGAAUGUUAGGUGAUGAGCAUUCAUUUACAGUCAGGGGUUGUGAAUUAGGCAUAGACUCUCCUCAAUGUACAACAUUCACACCUCCUGACUGUAUAAACCCACCCAUCACCUGAUAUCCACUCCCAUUAUUAAAAUGAAGUUUAAAGGUGUACUCCGGCCCUAAGACACUUAUCCCCUAGCCAAAGGAUAGGGGAUAAUGUGUCUGAUCGCGUCCCCUCCCAUAGGCUUGCAUAGAGGGGGAGGGGCAUGACGUCACACAGGGGCAGAAUAGUAACGUCAUGAUACUCCGGCCCCGAAGUCGUGAGGCUUCAGACUUGGAGCCUCCAGUGCUGGCGUGCAGCUCACACAGGUGGGUGCUGCAUGAGAGACUGCGGGGGUCCCCAACGACGAGACCCUCGCGAUCAGACAUCAAAAAGCUGUAAAAAGAUGUAUGAUUAGGGCACCUUAAGCUAUCUAAUGAUAGUAACAUCAUUUUUUGGAUUGACCACGGGUCCUCUUGAACAGAAGGCUUUGUUUCUCUACUUCUAAAAUAUGAAGCAGGAAGGUCUUCUAAGGAGUAUGUGGAUAUCAUGGUGGAAACCCUGUUGGCAGUACUUUGCUUAUUGUUCUAUUUAUCAAUGUUUGUGUAAAAUGUAUAGUAUAUUGUCAUAUUAGUGAUCCUUGUGUGCCAAGAGCAAAUGUUAACUAAUUGUAAUGUUAAGAUACAUUGUGAUUGAGAAUUUACCACCAACAAAAUUCAGGGUAAUAAAUAAGAUAUAAAACUGUAAACCGUGAUCUGCUUUUAUAUUAAUGUGUUAGUAUGGCAAUGGCAAACUGCUUGUUGUAUGGUUUUGUA